UUAAAUGUUACAGGUCUAUGGACAACAUUUUGUGAAAUUUGUGAGUGUUCGUUCGUGUGCCGGUUACCAGUUUUUCAUCGGUUAUUCAGUUCCCAGAUAGAUUUAAGUUCAGCUAGAAUACUAUAAAACAAAAUGCUGACGGAAACGACGUUAACACUCAUACAAAUAUUAGAAAAGACUAUAUCACCAGAUCGAAAUGAAUUGGAAGCUGCUGAAAAAUACCUUGACCAUGCAGCUGUUACUAACUUCACAACCUUUAUUAAGAUGCUGUCAGAUGUGCUGGUACAGGGAGGAAAUAGCCAGGUGGCUAGGAUGGCCGCUGGGUUACAGCUAAAAAAUCACUUAACAUCCAAAGAUCCCACGUUGAAACAACAAUAUCAGCAAAGAUGGCUAGCACUACCUGAAGAUAUAAGACUCUACAUUAAAAAAAAUAUCCUAUCAUCCAUAGGAACAGAAAACAGUAGGCCAAGUUCUGCAGCUCAGUGUGUUGCAUAUGUAGCAGUGGCAGAGCUAGCUGAAGGACAGUGGAAUGACCUUAUCCCAAUACUUGUAGAAAAUGUUGUCAAUGCUCACUCAACAGAGUUGAAGAAAGAAGCAAGUUUAGAGGCUAUUGGUUAUAUAUGUCAAGAAAUAGACGCUGAAGUACUAACAGAACAGAGUAACCCAAUUUUAACUGCUAUAAUCCAUGGAAUGCGAUCUACCGAGCCCAGUAGUUACGUCCGUUUGGCUGCAACACAAGCUCUGCUAAAUUCUCUCGAGUUCACAAAGGCUAAUUUUGAUAAAGAAAAUGAAAGAAAUUUUAUAAUGGAAGUUGUUUGUGAAGCAACACAAUCUAGUGAUAUGAGGAUAAGUGUAGCAGCACUUCAGUGCUUAGUAAAAAUUUUAACUCUGUACUACCAGUAUAUGGAACCAUAUAUGGGACAGGCUCUAUUCCCAAUUACUUUAGAAGCUAUGAAAUCAGAUGUUGAUGAGAUUUCACUACAAGGUAUUGAGUUUUGGUCAAAUGUAAGUGAUGAAGAAAUUGAUUUGGCUAUUGAAAUGGCUGAAGCAACAGAAGCAGGCCGCCCACCAGUUAGAACAUCGCGAUUUUAUGCCAGAGGAGCACUACAAUACAUUGCUCCAGUUUUAAUGCAAAAAUUAACUAAGCAAGAUGACUCUGAUGAUGAGCUUGAAUGGAACCCGUCUAAAGCCGCUUCAGUUUGUUUGAUGUUACUCUCAAAUUGCUGUGAAAAUGACAUCGUUCCUCAUGUUUUGCCUUUCAUUCGUUCUAAUAUCAAAAGUGAAAACUGGAGAUACAGAGAAGCUGCAUUAAUGGCUUUUGGUUCAAUCUUAGGAGGUCUUGAAUCAACCACUCUUAUGCCACUUGUGGAAGAAGCCAUGCCUACUUUGAUACAAGCUAUGUACGAUUCCAGUAUAGCAGUAAGAGAUACGGCUGCGUGGACUUUUGGUAGAAUCUGUGAAAUUGUUCCUGAGGCAGCCAUUAAUGAUACAUACCUCAAACCGCUGUUAGAAAGUCUAGUAACAGGACUCAAGGCUGAACCUCGUGUAGCUGCAAAUGUAUGCUGGGCUUUCACUGGUCUGGCAGAAGCAGCGUAUGAAGCCGCCGAUUGCGGUGAUUCAAAUCAACCUAAAACGUACUGCAUGUCGUCCUACUUUGAUUUCAUUGUUGAACGACUUUUGGAAACAACUGAUCGUCAGGAUGCAGCUCAACACAACCUUAGAUCGGCAGCUUACGAAGCACUCAUGGAAAUGGUUAAAAAUUCUCCAACUGACUGCUAUGUCACUGUGCAAAAGACUACAAUGGUUAUCUUAGAAAGGUUACAACAAGUGUUACAGAUGGAAAAUCAUAUAUCUAGUCAGACAGAUAGGUCUCUGUUUAAUGAUCUUCAGAGUCUUCUUUGUGCUACAUUACAAUCUGUGCUCCGAAAGAUGACACCUGAGGAUGCACCUCAAAUUUCUGAUGCAAUAAUGACAGCUUUGUUAACUAUGUUCGCUGGUAAUGCGGGUAAGGCAGGUGGUGUUCAAGAAGAUGCUUUAAUGGCAGUAUCUACUCUAGUUGAAGUAUUAGGUGAAGGCUUCCUUAAAUACAUGGAUGCAUUUAAACAAUAUCUCUAUGUUGGACUUAAAAAUCAUCAGGAGUACCAAGUGUGCAUUGCUGCUGUAGGCGUAACUGGCGAUAUCUGUCGGGCGCUAAAAAGCAAGGUGCUACCAUAUUGUGAUGAAAUAAUAUUACUUUUACUAGAAAAUCUUGGUGAUCCAUCUAUACAUCGGUCAGUGAAGCCUCAAAUUCUAUCUGUAUUUGGAGACAUUGCCUUAAGCAUUGGCCCAGAUUUUAAAAAGUAUUUUGAUGUUGUUAUGCAAAUGUUGCAACAGGCCAGUAAUGCACAAGUCGAUCGAAACGACUACGACAUGGUGGAAUACUUAUGUGAGUUACGAGAAAGUGUUCUGGAAGCUUAUACUGGUAUCAUUCAAGGACUAAAAGGCUCCGGCGGUGAGGUCGCCGCGGACGUGGCGCUGGUGGAGCCGCACGUGGGCGCCAUCGUGUCGUUCAUGACGCAGGUGGCCGUGGAGCCGGAGCGCACGGACGGGCACAUGUCGGUGGUGGCGGGGCUGGCGGGCGACCUGUGCACGGUGUUCGGGCUGCGCGUGCUGCCGCUGCUGGAGACGCGGCCGCUGCUGGACCUGCUGCAGGCGGCGCGCCUGUCGCGCACGCCGCGCACCAAGACGCUCGCCAACUGGGCCACCAAGGAGAUCCGCAAGCUCAAGCAGCAGGCGCCGCUCGCCAGCUGGUGCGUGAGACCCUGUGCUGAUUACGGUAGCCCGCUGGGGAGGGACGGAGAUAUGUUUGGAGGUGUAAGGAACGAGGUGUUGAGGUCCUCGUUCGCCAUCACAAAGGAAGGAUUCUCCGACCAGAUGGGUGUACGAAGAAUCACGUCGGGGUCGCCAGUUUUGGGGGGCGUGAGGAACAAGGUACAACUAAUGGAAGUGAAGUGA